AAAUAUUGGACCACUCUAUGGGUUCUCGUUUUCGGUUACACGAGCAGUAUUGGUGUUUCUGCUGGUGCUCAUCGAUUGUGGUCACAUCGAUCUUACAAGGCGAAAUGGCCUAUGAAACUUAUAUUAAUGAUUUUACAAACUGUUUCUUUCCAAUUAUCGAUUCAUUGGUGGGUCAGAAAGCACAGAAUGCAUCACAAAUACAACGACACUGACGCGGAUCCGCAUAACCCAAAAAGAGGAUUCUUUUUCGCGCAUAUAGGAUGGCUUCUAGUUGAGAAGCAUCCAGAAUACAUAAAGAAACUCAGUAAGGUUGAUAUGACUGACCUCGAACAAGAUCCUAUCGUAGCGUUCCAAAAGAGGUGGUACAUGUACCUG